GAAACAUCUCAUACAAGCGCUCCACAAACCCAUAACAUAACCGCUGUUUUCUCACUCUCUUCUAUACAUUUCAUUCAUUGUUUUAUUUCUCAUUUUUCAUUAUUAUUAUCAAAAAUAGUUAAAUAAAAAAGUUAUUUGAAAUGAGAGUUAUAUUCCAUACUAUUAUUGCUUCAAUACUAUUCACUUCAAUUGCAUUCAAUGGAUGCUCAGCUCUGGCAGAAGUGUAUGACGGCUUUAAUGGGAUGACAGGUGGCGAUAGUCCGGUGAAUGCGAUGACAGGCGCCGAUCUCAUCAGGAAAUUGAUUGAAACGCCGGCACUCAAUAGGAUAAGUGGUUCGCAAGUCUUGCGAUCUCUUGAUCCGUUAAGUGGAGGGCUUUUAUCCAAAACACUCAAUAGAAUCGCUGACGAAAAUCUAAAGCAUUCAAUUGAGAAGAUUUCAGGGACACAACUAUUGAGGGCUCUGAACAGUAUAAGUGGUGGACGUGUUUUCAUCACCUUUGAAGGCAUUAGCGCUGAAGAGAUUUUAAAUGCUCUGAAAAAUGGAAAUCUUAGCCCAAAUUACUUGAGAUAUUCGUUGGAUCGGCCGAAGAGAACAAGUCUGGACACUAUGAGUGGUGUAUCCAUCGGAUCAGCUAAAAAGAGAAGUUUGGAUGCGAUGAAUGGGAUGGCAUUGGGAGAGCCAUCGAAACGCAAUUUUGACGAAAUAGAUAACACAGGUUUCCGGGGAUUUAAUAAAAGAAAUUUCGACGAAAUCGACAGAACAGGGUUUGGAGGGUUCGUGAAGCGGAACUUCGAUGAAAUCGAUAGAUCGGCUUUCGGUGGCAUAAGUAAGAAGAACUUCGAUGAGAUCGAUAGGUCGGCGUUCAAUGGAUUCAAUAAACGAAACUUCGAUGAAAUCGAUAGAUCGGGUUUCGGAGGGUUCGUGAAGAAGCGUGAGAUACCGGCCGACAAGUUGGCCGAAAACGGUGCCAAAGUGUCCGACACUGCGAUUAAAUCA